AGAGGAGCACCCGAACACAUAUGAACGUAUUGUAGACAUAUUUGGUUUCUGCAGACGAGAAAUAAUGCAAUUGUAAUCAGAGUACGGCAAUUGGACAGUGGAAGGAAAAAAUGUGAAAAAACUCAGCGAAAUAACAAAACCGGCUGUUUCGCAUUUCAGUUUAUUUUUCUUUUACGAAUUUCGAUGAAUGCAACAUCUUAACAGUGCCGACAACAAGUAUGACAGCCAAUCGACCAGCUACGCAAACCGAGGAAAGGUUGGCGGAGCAACAGCAACAACACCAACAACAACGUACGCAUCAACAAUGCACAAACACUUCAACAACUGCGACAAAUGCCAAUCUGUCAUCGUCUGCAAACGCUUCAGCUGCUUGUACGGCGGCUAACUAUGAUGAAAUGGAGCAUUGCGGCAACAGAUACGGUGGAACUACUGUAAUAAACACCAGCAGUGGUGACAGCAAUUGCGCGCAUGCUGGUGGCGGUGAAGGUGUAUGUCGUAAUCAUAGUACCGCCAGCUCAACAACACACCGCCGUGGUCACAGGCGACAAGAGUCCAUGUAUCAGAUGACGGGCCUCUACUCGGAAACGAACACUAGCGGCGAUGAUAGCAGCGUCGAUGCCGCCACACAGGACUCUCCGGCCAAUUUGGGUGAAUUGGCCAGUUGCAGUGCCGGCCCGAUGCCUGGCGCCAAUAAUACCAACGCCAACGUUUUGUCGCGUGCCACCUGCAAAUGUCACAAUCAUUACCAUCACCCACCACCACAUCAGAACAACCAUCAUCACCACCCACACAACAAUGGCCAACAUCAAACGCCAUGCAAUGCCAGUGGCUGUUGCAAUGAGACUCUGGCGAAAAGUCAUAGCCGUCAGCCGUCUGCGAACAUUACUGUUGGCACAUCUACUGGCGCCGGUAGUAACAAUAAUGCGGCUAAUAUGCUAUACGAUUCCGAAUAUGAUAAUGAUGACGAACUACAAUCACGUGACUGUGGCAUUCUCAACUAUAGACCGCGUCGUAUACAAAAAUUCGCUCGCAUCAAAGUAUUCGUCCUUUUACUGUCGAUUCUAGUCACGCUGCAGCAGGCCUUGAGUUCCGGUUAUAUAAAUUCAGUAAUUACGACGAUUGAAAAACGUUUUGAGAUACCGUCAAGUUAUUCUGGUCUGAUAGCGUCCAGCUACGAGAUUGGCAAUGUGAUAACUGUUAUAUUCGUGAGUUAUCUGGGUAGUCGGCGUCAUAUACCCGUGUGGAUUGGUAUAGGCGCUGCCAUUAUGGGCAUUGGAUCGCUGGUGUUCAUGGUGCCCCAUUUCACCGGUGAACCGAAUCCCGGUGUCACGAUUAUGAAUGAAACAAGUGACAAUAUAUGUCGCAGUGCUCUGGUACGCGACCAAGAUAUGGACUUAGGAAGGCUAUCGAGUGGUCUAUCGAAUCCACCGUUGGCUUCGCACACGUUGCGCGAAGAUAACUGCCUCGAGGGCAAGCUGUCUACCUUCGGACCGGUGUUGCUUUUUGUCAUUGCACAAUUGCUGCUAGGUUGCGGUGGUAGUCCUCUGUUCACGCUCGGCACUACCUAUGUGGACGAUCACGUUAAGACGGAAAGUUCAUCAAUGUACAUAGGUUGUAUGUACAGUAUGGCAGCGUUUGGUCCGGUGCUGGGAUUUCUGCUCGGUGCCUACUUAUUAUCAUUUCACAUGGACUCACUUUCGUCCACUAUCAUCUCGAUAAAUCCAGGAGAUCGUCGCUGGGUUGGCAUGUGGUGGGGUGGUUUCCUCUUAUGUGGCAUUUUACUGCUGAUUGUUGCAGUGCCAUUCUUCUCCUUUCCAAAGGUUCUUACCAGCGAAAAGAAGAAGAUACGUAAAAGCUCCGUUAUGCAACCUGCAGUGCCUAACAACUCAAAUAGUCUUCCACGCGGCACCGAUCCCGCUGGCAAAGUUAAAAAGGAAAUAGUGGCUGUGACUGCUAAAGAAGACGAUGAGCCGCGCGUGGAUACGGGCUAUGGAAAGGAUAUAAAAGAUAUACCCCAAUCUAUGCUGCGACUCGUGACGAAUCCCGUUUAUAUAGUUACUUGCUUGGGUGCGUGCAUGGAAUUGUGGAUUGUAUCCGGGUUUGUGGUGUUCUUACCGAAAUAUUUGGAAACUCAAUUUAGUUUGGGCAAAAGUCAAGCAAGUGUCUUCACCGGUUCCAUUGCCGUGCCGGGUGCGUGUAUUGGCAUCUUUAUAGGCGGCUGUAUAUUGAAACGGUUCCAGCUGAAACCCAAGGGUGCUGUGCAGUUUGUUAUAAUUUCGAAUGCCAUCUGCCUCGGGCUAUACGCAAUGUUAUUUUUUCUUGGCUGCGAUAACCUCAAAAUGGCUGGCACUACAAUACCGUAUUAUCGUAGCGCUAAACACGGUGUCAUCGAACCAUUCCAAGUAAAUCUUACGGCUGCCUGUAAUUUCGGCUGUGAAUGUCUCACCAGUGAUGUGGAACCGGUGUGUGGUAACAAUGGUUUGACAUACUUCAGUCCUUGUCAUGCGGGCUGUACAGCCUUUUCAUCCACGUCGAACUACACCAAUUGUGCUUGUGUUCACUCGAAUAUAUCGAGCAGCAUUUAUAUGGGUGCUGGCGGCAGUCAAGCUCAAGCAUUAAAUGCCAAUGAAGAUUUUGCCGAAGUAACCGUUGUUCCUGUUGCAACUGCCGGUCCAUGUGCCACACCAUGCCGUACCAUAUAUCCAUUCCUCAUAUUGCUUUUCUUCAUGACCUUCAUUGUGGCCUCUACACAAAUGCCAUUACUGAUGAUUGUUUUGCGUUCAGUGUCGGAAGAAGAGCGUUCCUUUGCCCUGGGUAUGCAAUUCGUUAUCUUCCGUUUAUUCGGCUAUAUACCGGCGCCCAUACUCUUUGGGAAUCUCAUCGAUUCGACAUGUUUACUUUGGAAAUCCACGUGUGGUGAAAAGGGUGGCCGUUGUUUGAUCUAUGACAUUGAGAAAUUCAGAUACAAAUAUGUGGGCCUAUGCGCAACUGUAAAAAUCGUGGCUCUUGCAAUAUUUAUCGCCGAUUGGUGGUUAGUGCGGCGAAGAAAGCAGUUGGAGAAGUUAAAGCCUAUCAAUGCAAACGAUCCUAUAAUCGGGUCCAUUAUCAGUUUGGAUAAAUUGUUCGAGGAAAAAUUAACGACGAAUGAAGCGAAUCCGAUAUACGGCAGCAAUGGCGAAAUCAUACUCACAUCAGACGUGGUGAGGCACUCGAGAAAUGACUCGCGCACCAUACAACUAGAAUAUGGCUAUGACAAAUGCAAUAAUGCAAUCAAUUCCUCGGGCUUAUUAACGCCACAAACUAAAUCCAAGAAACAUUUCCGCAGUGCUUCAUGUGAUGUCAAAAUGAUACGUAGCUUCUCCAAGGACCAAAACAUCGCACCUGGCUCUGCUACAACGGACGGUGGCUUGCAUGAGCCUAUAAAGAUCAAGAGCUUAAAACGGUUUCAGACACAUUCCCGCAACAAUUCCAGUGAUUUGAAUAGUGAUUUCCGUCACAAACUCACGCAUUCGCGCACAAACUCACGCGACGAUGCUGGCGCUGGUGCCCUCAAUAUACGUUACAUACAAAAUCAGCUCAAACCGCAAGAGGAUGAGGAGGACGAUGACGAGCUGACGACCGGUUGUGGUCACUUCGUGAAGAAACAUGCACGCAAUCAUUCCUAUGAUCAAAUUUAUAUGCCCAAUAAUAUACGUUUUGAUGCUGAUUUCUUCCGGAAUCAUCACAAUAACAAAAACAAGAAUGUGAACGUGUUAAAGAAUGUGAAUAGAGAGGAAACUCGUGUAAAGAAUUCGAAUGAGAUGGAAGCGGCAGCAGCUGCAGCAGCAGCAGCAGGAACAGCAACGGCAACAACAGUCGGAUCACGCGGCCACUCACGCAAUAAUUCAAAGGAUUUAAAUAUACGCACAACUACAGCAACGAGCAAUAAUAUAAAUCCAAUAGCGCCGUCUUCGGGCACCGCCACUCUGGGUGGUAGUGGUGGUGGUGUAGUCGGAGCAGCUCACAAUGUGGCUGAAGCGGCAUUGAAUAUCCUACGCCAUCGGCGCACUAAUUCCAAAGACUUAAAUUACACGCUCUGCACGAGCAAUGAACGCAACGAUUUGGGUGGCGGUAGUACUGCUUGCAGCAGUAAUGCAUCGACGCCAGCGCAUGGCAGUGGCGGCAGUGCGGCAUCCGCCUUGCACUUGAAACACGCACAUGCGCGCAAAGUCUCUCACCACAAAAUUCAAAUCGACGAUGAACGCAACGAGCUCAUUGGGUCAACAGGCGACGACGACGAUGACACUUCCGCCGCACAUAAUGAGCGCAAUCAAGCCUCGAGUGCGUCGUCACCGGCUGCUAGCCGCAAAGAUGUGGAAGCUUUGCGUUAAAUAAUGUUAAACUAUCUUAGGAAACUUAUUUAGAAUUAUUUAAAACAUAUUCGCAAGCACACAUACAUACAUACAUACAUGCAUUUGUAUGUACACAAUUUUAGUUGGUAAAAUGAAGAUCACAUUCGAAAAGGAGCCAAAUAUGUAACUAACAAUGCAAAGAAACAAAGCAAACAGAAACAAUUCAGUACCAGCUAUGCUAGAAUCUGUCCGCGGAAUUUUGAUUGAUUUUUAGGCAUUCCAAAAACUAAAAAAAAAAUUUGUUCUUCCUUGGUUAAAGCUCUUAAGUGGAAAUAUCAAAAUCGAAAGUGUA